AUGCCCUCAAACUUCACCAUCCGUCCUGCCCUUCCAUCAGACGCCCCCGGUGUAUCUGCCCUCGCUAUUUCCUCUUGGCACGACGUCUACGCCAACUCCGUAUCUGAACUAGCCACAGAGGCUGCGACCACCACUACAUUCUCCGAAGACUCGAUGAGAAAAGAUCUCGAAAGCCCGAAUCAUAUCACAUUGAUAGCGGAGGGCGGUCCGAGUGGUAAGGACGUCGUGGGACUUUCCGUCUUGAAGAGCGGAGUCAGUACCCCAGGUGUAUCAAUGCCAUCAGCUAUCAAGCUGGGCAGGUUCUACGUCCACUCGUCUCUUCACGGAUCUGGCCUUGCGCAGAGGCUUUUGGAAGAGACAGAGCAGACAGUGAAGGAUACGGGCGAGCAUGAGGGAUCGUGGUUGCAUGUGUGGUCGGAGAACGGGAGGGCGGUGCGGUUCUGGGAGAAGGAGGGGUUCAAGAGGGUGGGGGAAGAGAGUUGGGUUGUGGGCGACAGUCAGUUGGAGUUGAUCACGAUGGAGAAGGCGUUAUGA